CUUCGGGAGAUUGGCGCACAGAGAUGCAAAAAAACCACAAUUAAAAAAACUUCGUGCAGACAGCUCCAAUGGCCAAUAUACUUUGGUACAUAGAGAUGUUUGUAGCAUUUCUCUGCCUCUUUCUUUUUUUCCAUUGGUACCGGAACAGACACUCAUCCAUCAUAAACUGGCCUGUCGUCGGAAUGCUUCCGGGGCUUCUUCAAAAUGCACCGAACGUCCACGAAUACACAACAAAACUUCUACAAAAUACUGGGGGUACCGGCGAGUUUAAGGGCCCUUGGUUCACCAACAUGAACUUCGUGACCACCUUUGAUCCCAUGAACAUCCAUCAUAUUUUGAGCAGAAACUUUUCCAACUACCCAAAAGGACCCGAGUUCCAGGAGAUUUUUGAACCUCUGGGAGAUGGGAUUUUCAAUUCCGACUCGGAUUUGUGGAGAUAUCAGAGGAAGCUUAUGCAGUCAAUGAUGAAAAAUAGCAAGUUCGAGUUGUUCCUUGAAAAAGUUGCUCGAGGAAAGCUUGAAAAGGGCCUCAUUCCUGUUCUUGAUCACGUCUCAAGUAUGGGAAUUGAGGUGGAUUUACAAGACGUUUUUCAGCGGUACACCUUCGAUACUGUUUGCCUAAUGACUUUAGGCUUUGAUCCAAAUUGCCUCUCCAUUGAAUUUCCCGAAGUUACACACGUAAAAGCGUUUGAUCAAAUAGAGAAAAGUAUCUUCUACCGACACAUCGUGCCAGCAAGUUUUUGGAAGUUGCAGAGAUGGCUUCAAAUCGGAGAAGAGAAGAAGCUGAGCAAUGCUAUUAAAGUAUUUGAUCAAUUUGUGUACAAAUGCAUCUCAUCCAAGCAAGAAGAAUUAAGCAGAUCAAGCCCAACCCAGAAACUGGAGGAAGGAAAAUUCGAUUUACUGACCGCUUAUAUAGAACAAGGAGUAGAAACAGAUGAAAGCGAUGGUUUUCCAAAAUCUAACCAGUUUCUGAGGGACACGAUGCUUACUUUCUUGGCAGCAGGUAGGGAUACCGUAAGUGCAGGCCUCACCUGGUUUCUAUGGCUUGUUUCAACACACCCUUCAGUGGAAGCUAAGAUUCUCGAAGAGAUCAGAGAGAAUUUGGUCAUUAACAAUGAGAAUAUUCAUUGGGAAAUGAAAGAUCUGGAUCAGCUAGUUUAUCUCCACGGAGCCAUAUGCGAGUCCUUACGGCUUUUCCCACCUCUACCUUUCCAACACAAACAUGCAGUCCAAUCUGAUACUCUUCCUAGUGGUCACCAUAUUAGUGCAAGGACGAGACUUAUGUUAUCUAUAUACUCAUUGGGAAGGGUGGAAAACAUAUGGGGAAAAGAUUGCUCAGAGUUCAAGCCAGAGAGAUGGAUUUCGGAGCAAGGAAGAAUUGUGCAUGUACCAUCUUAUAAAUUCCUAACAUUUAAUGCAGGACCCAGGAGUUGUUUAGGUAAAGAUAUGAGCUUUAUUCAAAUGAAAAUAGUUGCAAGCACCAUUAUUUGGAAUUAUCAUGUUCAAGUGGUUGAAGAUCAUCCCGUUUUGCCGAGCCGAUCUGUUGUGCUUCAUAUGAAACAUGGUUUGAAGGUUAAGGUCACCAAAAGAUCAAGGGCUAGUACUAUUCUUUGAUGAUGGAGAGACGAAGGUUUUAGGAAUGAGCUACGUAUGUAUGCAUGCAAUAUUCAUUAAGUUGUUGCAUUUAUAAUGUCAUGGAACGUAUAUAUGAAUAUCUACCUUGAAUUAUGUAAUAAAUUGUUGAGGUAGUAUUACACGUAUUUACAGUUUUAUUUAUAAUUUUAU